GAUGGUUGCACCAGAGAAUCGUUCAACCGUACGUGCGCGCACGCAUCAGCUUUUUUCUGAAUUCUCCGCGAGCUCGACAUACUGCGUGUCGCGUCUACAACGUCGAAAAUUAGUAACAGAUCGUAAACAUGUCCGUCUACCGCGCAAUAUUUCAACUAAUAUUUGCAUUAGCUUGCAUAUUCACGAAACCAGUGUUCACCUACGAGCUGCCGGAUCCAACUUUUGAAGUGUUAACACCGCGAGGUCUUCGAGUUUCCAUACCUGACGCACCGGGUUUGCGAAUAUUUGGAUUUCACGCCAACAUCAACAAGGCGAUUCGUUCUACACAGCAUGGCGAUGUAGCCGGUGACGUUUACGUAGCGCGAAACGGGCGCUGGACUUAUGAGAACUCGGCGGUGCAGAUAAAAAACAGAGAUGUACUUAAUUAUUGGAUUUACGCGCAAGUGGACGGGGCGAACUACAAGAAGCAAGGCCAGACGUGGACAUAUUCCCCGUUUGUCGGCCAAGAGUCCACGCCAAACACAGAACAAAGCGCCACGUCGACGAAUGUAAUUUCAGCCGGCGGUCAACUGCUAUUCGAGGAUCAUUUCGAUACCCUCAACGAAUCAUUAUGGAACCGCGAAAUAAAAAUGCCAUUAAGUCCGGAUUACGAGUUUUGCGUGUACCACAACCAAAACCAUCUGAUGAUCGUGCGAGUCAAAGGCGGUCAACUUCUCUUAAGACCCAUUAUACUGGAGGACUCUUAUGGCGAGAAUGCAACCACAUACGGAAGAUUGCAACUUAACCAGUGCACCAGCGACAUUCCGUUAGAAUGUACGCGACGAGCAUUGUCCUACAACAUCCUACCGCCUAUAAUAUCCGCACGUCUCACCACGAAGCAUCACUUCGCUUUUCAAUACGGAAAAAUCGAAAUACGCGCCAAGUUUCCACAGGGCGACUGGUUAUACCCAGAAAUGUGGCUCGAGCCGAAAUAUUCAACGUACGGACAGAAUUACAUAAGUGGCCGCGUUCUUCUGGGUCAGACGCGCGGUAACGAGAAUCUGAUAAACGCCACGGACCCGUCGAUGAUUUACGACACUAGGCGAUUAGACUUUGGCGUGAGGUUGGGCGUGUCACCGCACAUCCAGGAAAAACUCGUCUCGAAGAUACAUGAAUUCGGGCCACGAUGGACACAGGAUUUCCAUGUGUAUACGACUAUUUGGAAUAACAACGGAUUUACGUUUCUGGUGGACGAAGAGGAAGUCGGCCAUGUAGGACCUAGCUUACUAGGAUGGAUGCCAGGCGAAAGCACUUACGGGAGGAAGAAAUCUGCUCCGUUCGAUCAAGAGUUCUAUAUCACUCUCGGCGUCGGAGCAGGCGGGGUGCGCGUAUUCCCGGAUGAUACGAAGAGUUUUGGACGUCCGAAACCAUGGAGCAACAUGGACCCUAAGUCAAUGCUGCGCUUCUGGAACGCCCGGAGCCAGUGGCUGCCGAGUUGGAGGCGGGACAACGGCGAGAAGACUACUUUCGUGAUAGAUUACGUUCGAGUGUGGUCCCUUUGAAUCUCUCCAGCUCGUACUCUUCGCCUUUUUGAUUACUCGUAUUAUUUCUUAUCAUUCAUAUUAUCCACAGCAGUAGAUCGUAUACUUUUGCAUGACGAUUACGACGCAUGCUAUACAUUAUUCGAUACCGCCGUCGACAUAACGAGACAAGGUCUUGAGAAAAAUUGACGAGAACCAUCCCCCCUCGACGAUGGCAGAAGAUUACAGCGUUGCCUGCAAUUUGUUCUGGUAUCCGAGAUCUUCCUGGCGAGGCAUAAAAUACUUCUUUUUUUUAUCAGCGUAACGCAAUCAGAGAGUUUUGUAAUUGGUCUGCUCGUUUCUAUAAAAGGGCGAACGGUGCUCCGCGAAAUCGGAAAGAAAUUCAGGGUCGCCCGGAGCUGGUUCUACCUUUAAUGCUCGUGUCGUUAGCCGCGCAGACGAUCAUCCUCCGAUAAUGCUCUUGCCGAUCAUUGAGCGAACAUAAAAAUUUCUUAAGCAACGUGCGACCUUUAUGAAGGACGUCUCAGAUCGUUCCGGCGAAUUUCCUCAAGUUACCGUCGUUGACAAUAUCGUGACAUGUGUCCAUUAAUUUUUACUAAUGAUAUUCCUUAAAUUAUCGUUAUUCUUUAGCUUUCACUAUAUAAAUGUACAAUACUCAUUUUUAUAUCUCUUACAUUACAGUGACAAUAAUAAAAUAAAUAAGCGCA